UCGUGUGGGAGCGAGUCCACCCCAUGAUCUGUGAGCUGUUACUCUGUAGUGUAAAUCUUGUAAUUUGUAAAGGGUUUGAUGAUCAAAUGAUGUGGGUCAUGAUUGUCCAUAAUUAGGUGAAAAGGGUGAAACUUUUUGGAACAAGAUCAGAGCGACGCGAAGAUCACGCGCCAGCAUGGUGGAGGUUUGUAGAGGAUUUUGCCUCUCCUUCCCCCAUGCGUGUCCGGUAGAAAAAUUUGUCUGAAACUGCGCUUUGGCUUUGAAAACUCUUUCGAAAUCUCCAUCGCUCUCUCAAACAGACCCUGCUUCUCACGUAUCGCUUUGUUUCGGGAAUACCCUUUUGCGAUACGAUCGAAAUCCCUUGUUUUCGAUUCCUGGAAAAUUUCUCUUGGGGGGUUUUUUCCUCCAUCUUUUGAUUGUUUUUCCUUGUGGGCUUUGGAUUUUGGGAGGGGUAUGACUUUGAAGGAGCUUCUUCGUGGAUAUGGCGGAAGGUGUGGAUUGUUGGCUGCCUAGUUUUGUGAUGAUGAAGUGACUCUUCUUCUCUUGGCUCUUUGGUGUGGGACUUUGAUCGUUUCUAGGGUUUGACGUUUUUCUUGGCUUUGGUAGAAUCAGCAUAAAUACUAAGAAACCGAAAGUAGCAUGGGUGUGAAGGACCGUCAAAUUGCGACUCACUCGCCUAAUGCCAAAGUAGAAGUAGGAGAGAUCGACACUAGCGCACCGUUCCAGUCUGUUAAAGACGCUGUCAACUUGUUUGGUGAAGGUGCUUUCUCGGGAGAACGACUGAUUGUGAGGAAGGGGAAACAAACUCAUUCGGCCGAGAGAGUGUUUGCAAAGGAUUCUCAACUCCAUUUGGCAGAAAAAGAACUGAACAAAUUGAAGGAUCAACUAAAGAAUGCUGAAAAUACCAAAGCUGAAGCGCUUGUGGAGCUUGAAAAUACAAAAAGAACUGUUGAUGACCUGAAGAGAAAGCUGCAAUUGCUGAGGGAAUCGAAAGAAUUGUCCAUCAAGGACUCAGAAGUUGCCAAGGCUCGAGCAAAGCAGAUCGAGAAGGCAAAUGGAAACAAUCAUUCUGGAAAUGAUUGUGUUUGGAAACAAGACGUGGAAACUACUCGGGAUCAGUACAUGGUAGUGGUUGGGGAACUAGAUGCUGCUAAGCAAGAAUUGAGAAAAAUCCGUCAAGAUUCUGAUGCGUCUUUGGAAGCAAAAGUAGCUGCACUGGAACAGGUGACGGAGGCUGAGGAAUCAGUCAAAGCGCACAAGGUGAAGGCAAAUGAGCUUUCUAAGGAAAUUUUGGCUGCACAGGAAUCCAUUGAAAAGCUCAAGCUUGCAUCCCUGCAAGCACAGAAAGAGCAAGAAAAGAUAUUCGUGGAGAAAGACAUCCAGAGACAGUCUUAUAAAGCGGCUCUUGAAGAGUCGGCAAAAAAACUGUUUUCUCUACAGAAGGAAAUUGACCCUGAUCUCACCAGGAAUCUCGAAUUGCAGUUGAGCGAGACAAUGAAUGAAAUCGGGGAACUGCAGAAACAAAUGGAAGAUAAAAAGGCGUUAGAUUUAGACUCGGUGAAGAGUGUCACCACAGAGCUUGAUGGCGCUAAAGGGUCCCUUCAAAAGGUAGCUGAAGAGGAAAGAUCCCUCCAUAGCCUGGUUGAAGCUCUGAAGUUAGAACUGGAGAAUGUGAGGAAAGAACAUUCUGAACUGAAGGAGAGAGAAGCAGAAGCAGAAUCUAUUGCUGGGAAUUUGCACGUCAAGCUCCGGAAGAGCAAGUCUGAACUCGAAGCAUACCUUGCAGAAGAAUCUAAAGCAAGAGGAGCUUGUGAAGACAUGCUCUCAACUCUUAGCCAGCUGUCGUCAGAAACUGAGAAUGCUAGACGAGGAGCAGAAGAGAUGAAAAAGAAAUCAGAAGAUAUGAGAAAGGAAGCAGAGGCCACAAGAAUAGCAUUGGCAGAUGCUGAGAAGCAGCUGAGAGUUGCACUGGAGGAAGCUGAAGAAGCAAAAGCAGCUGAAGCUAGGGCCCUUGAUCAGAUUAAGGAACUGUCUGAGAGAACUAAUGCUGCUCGAGCAUCGACUUCUGAGUCGGGUUCUAACAUCACCCUCUCUAGAGAAGAGUUUGAGUCAUUAAGCCGGAAAGUUGAGGAGUCUAACACGUUAGCAGAAAUGAAAAUGGCUGCUGCAGUGGCUCAGGUUGAAGCUGUGAAGGCUAGUGAAAAUGAAAUUCUAAAAAAACUAGAAGCAUCCCAGAAGGAAAUUGAAGAUAUGAAGACCGCAACUGAGGAAGCUUUAAAGAGAGCCGAGAUGGCAGAAGCAGCUAAGAAGGCUGUGGAAGGAGAACUCAGAAGGUGGCGUGAGCGAGAGCAGAAGAAAGCUGCAGAAGCUGUAUCAAGAAUUUUGGCCGAAACAGAGUUGUCUUCUGAAUCAUCUCCAAGCAACUAUAGGAUCCAAAAGCAGAGCUCGACCGCAAAAGUAGUCGAGUCAAGAAAAUUGGAGAAAGAAAAAACCUUCUCAAAGAAGAAGACACUUUUACCAAACCUUAGCGGCAUAUUUGUUAGGAAAAAGAACCAGGUUGAGGGUGGGUCUCCCUCCUACCUGCCUGGUGAGAAGUCUGUGUGACAUUUUCUUUUGCUUCACUUUCACGUUACUUCAAGUAUUCUGUGUGUAUAUCUGUUGCCUGUAAAUUUGUGUUCAGGUAACCAGAAAUGACAUUUAUAAGCAACAUCUUGAUGGGUGGUUUUGUAUAUGGGAUGGUUUGUUAGAUUAUGAUUGAAGCAUAUUGUGUCGAGAUUUUCGAGCUGC